AUGCCAUCAUCAAAAGCAUUUCAGUCAUUUUCUCAAAAUACAGAUAUUUUUCUUGAGUAUAAAGUACAUCAAAAUACUUGCUAUGAACCUCCUCAAAAUUUCUUAGAAAUCGAGGUUAUAAACCCCCAAACUCAUGGUCUUGGGCGCAAAAUGUACACGGAUUAUGAAAUUAUUUGCAGGACAAAUAUACCAACAUUUAAAUUAACUGAUUCAUCGGUACGCCGUCGUUAUUCUGAGUUUGAGCAUUUUAGAGAUAUUCUUGAAAGGGAAUCUAUGAAAGUGUUGAUCCCUCCACUUCCAGGAAAGGUCUUUGCAAAUCGUUUUUCUAGUGACGUUAUUGAGCAUCGACGUGACCAACUCGAACGGUUUUUACAAGUAGUUGCAGGUCAUCCGCUUUUACAAACAGGAAGUAGAGUUUUGUCAGCAUUUAUUCAGGAUCCUCAUUGGAAUCCUGAUUUAUGGAAAUAA